AUGCCCGCGAAACUGACUACUAUUUGUUAUAUAUAUGAUUGGACAGAACAUAAAAGCAUUGACGAAAAAAUUAAAAUAUAUAUUGAUGAAUUUGAGAAGGAGCAAGUAAUAUUCAUAACUGGAAAAUUCGUCACAUGUGAAGGAUGGUGGUAUUCGGUGAGCGCAAUCUCAAUAAAAUUAAUUCCAGAAUUAGAUUUUGACACGAUACCAAAUAUUGGAAUCAAUGUAACAUUGACAGGUGUAACAACACAAACCGUUCAAAUUCGUAAUGACAAUUCAUCAAUUGAAUUCCUUAUUCAAGAAUAUAUUGAACCAGAAAAGCAUAUUUUAAAAUUAAUGGAUAUUUCCCUAGUAACUACAAAUCGUCCUAAUACUAAUGAUAGAAAGAAAACACUUAAUGUUCCAUGGAUGAAUACACCAACAAAUUCAAACAGAAAUCGUUCAUCAAGAGUACCAAGUGGUGCACAAAUUCAAGCCACCCAAGAAGAAACACAAAUCCAACCUACUGAAUAA